AUGGAUCUAUCAGGACUGGGCGUGUCCGCUGCCUACGACAAGAAGAGAGAUCUGGGCUGGCGGUCGCUGGGCUAUAAACCCCAAACCCUAAAAGAGAUGAUAAUGGAAAUGAAAAGAAACAACAAGGAUAAAACGGAGCUGGAGGCCCUCAUAAACGCU